AUGAACUCCUACUCUAUUAUUCUUCUCCUCGGCCUUCUCGCUGCCGUCAUGGCCGCUCCACAAAGAGUCAUUGAAAAGACCACCAUUAUCCGUGGAGGAGGUGGAGGUUUCGGAGGUGGGCCAGGACAGUUCGGUCGCGGUGGGUUUGGCGGAGGACCAGGAUCUAACUACGGACCAGGACGUGGAGGAUUCGGAGGAAACGGAGGAUUCGGAGGAAAUGGAGGAUUUGGAGGUGGACCAUCAUAUGGAGGAAGAGGUGGAUUCGGUGGAGGACCAGGAUUCGGAGGACGUGGUGGACCAACUAUCAUCAAGGAGACCAUCAUCCGUGGAAGAAAGUAA